AUGUCCGGUCCCGGACCCAGCGGACUCGGUCCGGACGCAGGACUGGACCUGAGGACCGGUCCUCUACAUCUCGAGUCGACUCUUGCUCGUAUUAGGCAGCUUGAUAUCACGGACCGUCUAUCAUACGACAAAAACGCACAUCCUUUCGCUGGAGGAAGCUACGGCGACAUUCGUAUAGGUGCAUACAAUCAUCCUGAUCGUGGCAAGCUCAAGGUCGCUGUAAAAUGUAUCCGCAUAUUCCAUGCACAAAAUCCUGGGAUCACGAAGCUAAUCAAGCGAGAAGUACAAGUAUGGUCAAGUCUGGAUCACGCUAACAUCCUUCCACUUCUUGGAUACAUCUUGGAGGAGAAGAACUUCCCGACACUCGUAUCUGAAUUUAUGGAAAACGGAACUGCGCUACGGUACGUUUUGCAGCAUCCUGAGCUCGAUGCUAUUGGACUUAUCCUCUAUUCGACACGCUGCGUUUUACGUCUCAUUUACUAG